UUUUUUCUUAAUUAUUUUUCAGCACUGAAAACGCGCGUUUUUUGUUUUUAAUUCAUAGUUUUGUUAAAAUUUUGUGUAUAAAUAUAAAAUGAGUUCGAUUCUGGACUUGCUGGAGGGAAAUGAUGUGAACUUCGAAAAGUGCGGCGAUGUGGUGAUAUCGCCGAAGGAAAAUGCGGUGGCCUUGUUCUGUCACUUCUGCCGCGACAUGUUCACAAGUCUGCCGAAAUUUGUUAGACACCUCCAGUGGGCCCAUGGAGACGUCCUUUCCUUCAAGCAGGAGCAAAAUGUGUACAGUGUGGAGGAGCUGAUGUCGUCUAGUGGGACUGAAGAAGACCGCGAGUCGACGGGAGUCGAUACCAGUGGAGGUGAUUCUGGGAUGCACGGGGAGUCGGAUGAACCAAAUACAGAAGUAGAAGAGCCGAAGAUCUCCUCGAGCAUAAUUAAACCGAAGGAAGAACACGUUUCGAAAAACGUAGUGGCAGAAGUGGAAGCAAUGCUGUUUGCUAGCGAUUGCCCCGAGGAAGCUCAAGACCAAGUCAAGGAGAAUUUAAUUUCAAAGGUGGAUUUUAAGGGCGACCGCCGUGUGGAUGGUAAUGUAAGAAGGUCGCUGCGGAUCUGCGACCUUAAAAGCCACAGUAUUGCGCGUCAGUCCAGGAAGCGCCUGACCCACAUCAAGAAGCGCAUUCUUAAAACCCUAAAAGGCAAUAUGCUGGAGCCUGCGGAAGAUCCUGGGAUGUUUAAUGUGUGCGCUACCACCACUACCACCAAGAUAGAGGCUCAGAGCCAAUCCAUGGAGUCAACCUUAAGAGUUAGAAAGUCUUCUUUAACCGGCGCUUCUACAGUGUUGGUAGAAAAUCAACUUAAGAAAUCGAGUACUUCACAGCAAAUAAAAAUGUUUAAAUCAUCAACUAAACCAAUAAUUAGCAAGGUGGAAAUUCUUUCACCAAUCACCAAUAUCAAUUCAUCGAUGACUCUACAAUCUUUGUUGGCGGAAAGUUCAAUAAGCGAAGUAAAACCUCAAAAAGAUACAACUGAAAUGUUAUUAUUGGAAAACUACGAUCCCAAGCCAAUCGAACCUCUAAGAAAUAAAGAACAAUCAUCAAACACGAAGAUUGUUCAAUGCUAUAAGCCAAAGAAAGCCCAAAGCCAUCGUGCCACCCAGGCAAUCAAGACAGAAUUGAACUCCAACUGUUCAGACAGAGAAAGCAACGACUUGGGCCUUCUAUUGUCUAUUGGGUUGCCGAUCAUCUACAACCUAAAGUAUGAGGAAAGACUGAUGCAAGAGGAGGUGGAUGAAUUGCGCCACAAGGCUGCCAAAUUUUGCGAGAUAUACAAAAACUACGAUUCUGUUUGGAACACAAGGAAAAUGAGAGGGGCACUCAUUAAUACACUAAUUGCCAAUUUUGUCAAGGAUUUGAACAGAGAGAUGGGCUGUACCCUAAAAGCCAACGAACUGAAGCGUUUACUCAAUCAAAUAUCCUCGUGGUUUACUGGUCAGGUGGACAUGAAGUUUUUCCAUAAGAUAGAACCCUCGUCCAGCGUCAGCCACUAUAUGAAUCUGUUUUCAUUUGUUCCACGUUAUAAUCGCUUUCUGUACUUUUGUGAUAACUGCGACGAGUAUUUCACUCUUGAAGCUCGAUUCAGGAAACAUUUACUAAAGCACAAAGAAUAGUCACUCAACAAAUUAAUUAUAUUAAUGUUUUUUAAACUUUUGAGAUCAUUCCAUACACAAGAAGUGUAUGAAGAUGCUUCUCAGACUGUUAAACUAGGAUUCUAUAAGGUAUAAAGUAUAUAGAAUUUUUAUAAAUCCCAUGAUUGAAAUAAAGAGUUUAAGAUUGAAAGACUAUCUGUAUCAAUAAAAACAAAAUAAAAAAUGUGAACACAACCAA